CUUUGUCCCGCUGCGACCAUCUUGCGAAUCUGCGACCCAUUGAUUGACACAGUUCAGCUGCGUUGCUUCCCAAGCAAUUGGCUUCUUGCUUCAAUUUCAUAUCGCGCAUCCCAGUCGUAGUUUCCAAGAACUCAGAUUCUUCUUUGCGCCUACAGAAGGCACAUACUAUUUGCUCUCAAUCGGCUUCCAGAAGUAUGCCCCAAAGUUGGCUGCCGGCUUCAUUCCCAUGCAACAUCCAUCGUCUUUGUUCCCCCACAAUGGUGGUCUUGAUUAUCCUCCUCCUUCUGCCGCUCAUUCCGGUUAUCCUGCCUCUUCUGCUCUUCACCAUGGUGCCCAUCCUCACGAGUCGUAUUCUGACCAAGACAUUGAACUGGUCCACCAAAUCGUCUCUCUGGCUGAAUCUCUCUACCCGACCCUCCCUGAACGCGAGCGUCUUCCAACCAAUGCUCUCUUCCUGGCCGCUGAGCAGCUUCUUCCCGAACAUGGCUACGACCCCGAAGACCCCCCGUCCCACAUAUCUCGCCUCAUCUUCAAAAUCGGAGGGCAACGCGCCGGCGACACACUCAGCGACAAAUUCAAGUCCGUCCUAGGUGGAAUGGGCAUUAAGCUUGAGUUUGUUCCCAGCAGCAACCCUUCAUCACGGCCAGGAUCCAGAGCCUCCAUCGCCCCAAGCGACGCGAUCCCCGCACAACCAGAAUCCCGAGCCUCCUCUAGCCUCAGCGAUAGAGGAAUUCUUGAUGGGAUUCUACGACAGCCACCCAUACGAGAUUCUCAUAAUUCCCCUCCUGUGGUGGACAUCCGAUUCCAGACUUUGGGAGAUGACCUAGCGGAUCUUGAGGAUCGUGAGAAUCUAUUGCGAGACUUCAGAAUGCAGCAGGAUCGAGAACUCGUGGGGGAUGUUUUCUCGACCUGGCGCGCAACUGCACGCCAAGCCAAGCGAAACAAUGAUGAGCUCAGAACCCAUGCUGUGGAGUUCGAUAACAAUGACCUCCUGGGUGAGGUUCUCGACAUAUGGAACGAGGAAGCCGCCCUCGCACGACAGCAGCGGCUCGAAGCAGAGGCCGCUGCCAAACACGAGGCCUACGUGGCAAAGAUGGAGAGGCGCGCCACGAGGGUCUACGAAAUCUUCACGAUCCGUAACGUGCUGGCACUGUGGCAAGACCAAGCACAGGAGGAAAUCGACCGGACGGCGGUAGCACGCAGGCACCUUGUCCGGAAACGGACAUUCGAGGGUUGGCAUGCACAACACGUCGAGGACGAAACCAAAGUGAAGAACUUUAUCCUUGGGAACGCCCUUCAGAAAUGGAGUCAAGUGGCCCUCCAUCACGAGGUGCGCCACGAAGUCGCCGCACAAUGGCAUCAGCAGCAGCUGUGCAAUGUCACUCUCAACCAAAUGUUGGAGGAGACCAAGAAGCGUAUCGCGGAUGAAUUCUACGCGGUCAAUCUUGCCAAGCAGAGUCUGGAUACCUGGGCCGACAAAGCUCGCGAUCUCAAUGAGGAGUACCAGGUCGCCGUCGCCCUUGACGAGAGACUGGUUCUCGACGAGGCAGUUAACAUCUGGCUCGAGGAGCUUGAAGUCCAACAGUACGAUGCCUACGAAUGUACCCGGCAGUUCCUGGUUCUGGGUUGUCGCCGGGAUUUGGAGUACUGGCAAGAGCAAGCAAGACUGUCAGUGUUAUUGAAGCAGUACAACGCCAAACGGGCACACGACACAAGACGCCAGGUCAUGGAAACGUGGCAUGGCAAUCUCCAGAACGUGAAAGGCAACACCAUGGUUGCUGACGCCUUCUUCCUGGAGGAACCUGUCGAGCACUGGGAGCGUGAGAUGAAGCUGAAACUCUUCAUUGAGCGGGAUGAGUACGAAAUCAAAGCUGCCGUGCUGAGCCAGUGGGCGCUCGAAGAAAAGCUUGCCUGGUACAAGAGAUAUCUUGAUACCAGGACCAAACGAGAAACAUUCAAUACACUGUUCAAAGCUGCCCGGCAAGCCCGUGACGAUCGGGUUAGAUAUGAGGAAGAGGCCGAUUACGUUGAUUCCUACUACACACAAACUGAUGCCCUCGAGACUUGGAUCUUCGAGACGGACAAGAUGUACAGGCAUCACCAUAACGCCAACGUCGUCAACCUCUACUGGACUACCCGCCCGUGCAUCGACCAUUGGCGGGAGCAGUGCCAUCAGAGCCAAGCCCGGGAUACUUACUAUAAAAGAAAGGCGAACAAACACAGAGCCAUAUCUAUGGUGCUUGGAGUGCUUGACGAAUGGCCCGACAUUGCCGAAACGACUCGAAGGCAGCGGAUGGUGAGCUCGCUGCGGCAGUUCAGGCGAAAAUACAAAAUCGCACUGGCGCAGGAGUGUCUCGGCAAGUGGUUAGAUGCGACUGCGGACGCCCUCGACGUCGGCCAUGACGCCCAUCGAACCAACCUGCACUACAAGUGGGAGGACCUCAACGACUGCAUCGAUUACUGGAGCCUCAUGACAAAGAGAGCGCAGAACAUACAACAGAUCGCUGCAGAUGCCGAACUUGAAGUGUAUUACGGGAAAUGGCAAGCCCAGCUUUACGAAACGAAGGAGAACAUGGCGGAUGCCAUCGACUAUGAUACAGAAAAGACACGAAAAAGCUGCUGGGAGAGAUGGGAGUUCCAGGCGAUCCAAAACGAAAGCAAACGCCACAUGGCCAACACACUACGAGAGAAGAAUGAGAGGCGCCUUUGUCACCAACUCCUCGAAGACUGGCAGCAAAAGGCAGUGCCGGAAGCAGCGGCGCGCUUCGAUCCACGCUUCAGCACCCUCUCUGCACGCCGCAGCGUCCGGCAGAGCACCCGCCAGCAGCUCGCUCGGUCGUCCACAGCGGGCUUUUACACCGCGAGCCAAUUGGCUACUCUCCCCUUCCGCUCGCUCGGUCCAAUGCCGGAGUUUGAUGAGGAACCGCUGCUCCCAGACGCAGAGGUCGACGACCCGGGCUUUAUGAGCACGCCCACCAGACGAACAGGCAGUGCGCGACCGCUGGGGUAUCGUCCGACCACGACACCGUCGGCGAUCUUGCCGUCCCCUUAUGAAAGGGAGCUCAGGCGGCGAUAUGGCGGUCCGAGGCCGGACUUUGUCAAUAUCACCGAGGAGUCGGGAGAAUUAGAGUUUUGAACUUUGUUAUGGGUGUUUGGAAAUGGAGGAGAGAUUUCUAUCUUUUUUGGAACUGAGGGUAUUGGUGUUUUUGGUUUCAAUGGAGUUUGGUUUUGGCUUGAGCAUAGCUACGGCGUUUUGCAUGGGAAAGGAAAAGGGCUUGAAUUGGGUUUCACGGCGGUCGCUCGUUGGAUAUACCCAGGGUCGCAUUAUGCAUGGUUAGUAGGCGUUUGGAGAGCAUUGGGAUGCUGAGAGCAUGGUCAUGGAAUGACCGGAAACAUGGUUAGGCGUCUUGUGGGUGGGGGGUGGGGAAGGUUGAGAUGUGAUAGA